CAACUAAAACUGGAAUGCACAGAUACCAAGACAACAUGAUACAGGAAGGAAACUUCUGAAGAAGAUAGGAACCUCUGACUAGCUCAUCACAAUUUCAGUUUAGCAGCAACAAGAGCCUCUGGAAGGAACAGAUCUGCAGUUCACUGGCCCAUGGUCACAGCCUGGGGACACAAGGCUGCAGCCACCUCAGCAACUGAAUGCAGAAUGAAUCAGUGUGUUGGUGACCUUCCUGACUUAACCACUUAAAGCCCUUAAGUGGCAGCUAAUUGACCAAUUAAGGGCUUCAACUCAUCAUUAGGUCAAUGACCUGCCACCCCAGCAGGGGCUGACUGAUUCCGGUGAAUUCCCUCUCGCCUUGCUGCUCCUUCCAGAGUUCCUGUUUCUAAUAGCGACAGUAAACAAGCUGCUAUUGCCUGGGACAUAGCAGAGUUCUCCAGUUCGAAUAACUGGCUCGCCAAAGCUGAAGAAAUCCCGCUGAAUUGGGAGGGGUUUUUUUUCCCUCCUACAAAACAGAGAGAGAGAGAAAUCACAGCUGCCCAUUCGCCGAGGGAAGCUGUUGGUGAAGGGGAGCAGCUCUGCGGGGAGAUGGGGAGCAAGGAGCUGCAGUUCAGCCGAACCACAUCGGCGGGUUACCGUCUGGCAGAGAAACCCAACGCUGGGACCCUCCCUGGCUACGGUAAAGCAGCGGCAGGCAACCGAUCCCAGAGCAAGAACCUUUACCUGGGCACAGUGCAGCAAGACCAAGUGUGGAGAGAGUUCCUCCGAGCUGAAUGGCAGGGACUCAGAGAAUGGGAAAAGAACUGGAGUUUUCUGAAAGAUUAUGAUGACAAGGGAAGACUAAAGGUGAGGGAACCACUACCAGAAUACAUCCCUGUGUUCUCUGACAAAGUUCCAAAUACCACAAAUCAGACAUUUGGCAGUAGAAUAGACUCCCAGCUUGGCCAGACAAUAAUAAGGAUGGACUUUGGGCUUCAGAAAGAGAACCGAAAGAAAAAGCUGGAUAAUGAGCUUGUCCUAGGUUAAAUGAAUGAAAGUUUUUUUAAAAAAAUCAUGAAAUUGAUAUUUGUUCAGGGAAAUAUUUAACUGAUCCUGUUAAAAUAGACAAAUUAAAGACUUAGGCCCCAAGUUAAUAUUUUGGGGCCUAAGAGGGGGAUGUAUCUGGGUUGGGGAAGUAUGUCCAGGGGAGUUUGCAUGGAGACGCAACUUUAAAGUCAAGGAAUCCAAAGCAAUUCUUCAGAUUGUGCUGGUAUUGACAGUAGGAACUCACUCAGACAGAAUGAAAGGCUGGGUAAGCUGUCCAGUGAGAAUGCUUGUGGGACCAGGCCACAGCCACAGGGCAACGGAGCAAAUGGUUCAGGGAUCAGUUGGCAGUGGGUGGGGGAGGGGAUGCUAACAACAUCAUGGCUUGGGUUUACUCCAGCACUGGGACCUUUUAAAAUCUGGUGAGGAGGGACAGCCAUGGCAGUGUAGGCAAAGACAUUGAGGGCAGGGGGUGGUGAAGAUAAGGGCUGGUGAGAAGGAACAGAGCCAUGAGAUGGAUCAAAGGCAUUCGGGGUGUUGCAAACACUCAGGGACUGGAGACCUCAAAGUUGCUGAGAGCUGGGUGGGAGAUUAGAAGCAUCUUGAAGAAAUUAAUUUCAAUCUUUGAAUUUAAUUCCUUUCAUAUUUUGCCCCUUACCAUCUGUACUAUUUUCAACCUGUACAAAUUCUUCUUCCCCAAAGCUCUCUGUGCCUUUGAACGUAGCCUGUUGUACACCCUACCUUUUCACAUUAUUAUUGGUGAUUGCGCCUUUGAUGUCUGGAUCCUGGGUUUAAAUUCAUCCCAAAUGGCAUUGUUUAACAGAUACAAUCCAGGCUUAACAGUCUUACAUCAUAAUGAAUUAAUUAACUCCUAAUUAGUACUGACAGUGUCACUCCAGGCAUUGAAAGAUGACUACUAUGUGAAAUCCGAAGAUCACCUCACAAAGCUGUGCUCUUUUUAGAUUAAGACAGAGACCCAUUAUCAAGUGAAAUGAAUUUUACUCGGUUACACCGAAUCUGGGAAAUGAACACAGAGUAUUAGAAAAUGAUUCCCAGUCCUAACAUUUUUUCAACUUGAGUGCAAAACAUUGCCAGAAUCUGUGACCCUUCAAACAAUUGUUUCUUUGGAAAGCCAUCAGCCAAGAGUCUGUCAGACAUUUUCCCACAGCAUUGAGCAACAACUCGACUAUUGCAUUCCCCCACCCGGCUACAAUGACCAUUGAUGACCUGGCCUUGGUCUACCCUGCAUCUGAGUCCUGAUGUAUCUGCCUAUUACAAAUGUUAGCAGAAGACUUGUGACCAAUAGCAGGAAAUCAAACUGCUUCCUGAGCCAAAGCAAAGCUGACAGCAACAAAUGAAGAACUGAGUGACCUGGGUUGGCUACUUUCUGACGGCCUUUUUGGUACUGAGUGAUGGAGCAUCUUUAACAAAAGUUUAUACUUGUUUGGGAGAUAGAAAUGCUUUUUUUAACUGCUACAUAAUGGUUUUCCUGUGAGCAUUUCUGCAUUAUUGUGUUGCUGUCACACUAACCUGAAGUAGUUUAUGCUGGAAUUCUCCAACAAUUAUCAUCUUUCCCUGUAAUGAAUCCAAAAGUCCAAUUUUGCAAAUGUAUUAAGUAAUUCCUUUGCUUUUAUCAUUUUAUUGAAAACCUAUUUGGCAAGUGUGCCUAUAUAAUUUCUGUAGUGUUUUUAGAAAAGUUAAUUGAAUCUUGGGUGUGAUUGAUGUCCGAGAAAAAGCUUAGAACCAUGUUUGUUUUCCCUGUUGCUAAAAACUGUAAAGUCUUUUAUUCAAAAGUGAAGCCCUUGGGUUGAAUGUUGAUAUUUUAUUCAUGACAUGGAGGUGCCAGUAUUAGACUGGGGUAGACAAAGUCAGAAGGCACAUGAC